AUGAAUUAUGAAAAAGAGAAAGAAUGUAAUAAUGAAUUUGAAAAAAUUUUUAAAGAUAGGAAAUUAAAACAUGAACAUUUAAGAAGAAAGAAUUCUAAACAUAAUAAAUUUAUUUUACCAUUACUUAACUUAAUAAAGAAAAUUAUUAAUUUUCUUAAAACCACUUUUAAUAUU